AUGGCUAGUUAUGAAGGACGUAAAAGUCCUACAAGUGAGCAAGAAGUUUAUGGCGAUAUAAGUGAAGAAGAUGUUGCGGAAUAUAAUGACGAGGGAACACAAGAAAAUGAUGAUGGUCAAAUGAUGAAUAUAGAAUUCGAUCUGGUUUCUGAAAACAGCGUUAUGACGGUGCACGAUGGUGAAGUAAACGAGUGUCCAGCACAAGAAGAUAACCAUAUGAUGGUUACAGAAUCAUCCCUGGCCACUGAAAAUAAUGUUGUGAUGCAUAACCCUGUGAGUGAAAUACAUGUUGAUCCACCAUCACAACAGAAUGAUGAUGGUGAAAUGAUGGUCGCAGAGUCAACCCUGGCUGGUGAAAAUAAUGUUGUGAAGAAUGAGCCUGUGAGUGAAAUACAUGAUGGUCCACCAUUACAAGAGAAUAGUGAUGGUGAAAUGAUAGUCGCAGAGUCAACCCUGGCUGGUGAAAAUAAUGUUGUGAAGAAUGAGCCUGUGAGUGAAAUACAUGAUGGUCCACCAUUACAAGAGAAUGAUGAUGGUGAAAUGAUGGUCACAGAGUCAUCCCUGGCUGCUAAAAAUAAUGUUGUGAAGAAUGAGCCUGUUAUUGAAAUACAUGAUGGUCCAUCAUUACAAGAGAAUGAUGAUGGUGAAACGAUGGUUGCAGAGACAUCACUGGCUGCUAAAAAUGUUGUGAAGAAUGAGCCUGUAAGUGAAAUACAUGAUGGUCCACCAUUACAAGAGAAUGAUGAUGGUGAAAUGAUGGUCGCAGAGUCAUCCCUGGCUGGUGAAAAUCAUGUUAUAGUGCACGACCCUGGAAUUGAAAUACAUGAUGGUCCACCAUUACAAGAGAGUGAUGGUGUUCAAUCAGUACAGAUUGGUGCAAGUCCUGAAAUCAUGGUGUAUGAUCCAGAUGCUGGACCUGCUUUGGAAGAUGAGUUGGGUGGAAUAAUUAUUGAAGAGCAGAGUGAUGAAAAUGAGCAGGUCGAGUUGUUGGUGAUGUCACUUGACACCAUUCCAGCCAUUGUGGUUGAACUUUGA